CGAUGUGAUGGCCUUAACCCUGAACAUACUUAACUAGCUUCAGUCCCAUGAGUAUUCGGCAGGACAUUCGCAUUCCUGCGACACGCAUUGUUGCGAUGGCCGACCCCAUAAGCCUUGCUUCUGGCGUCUUGACACUUGUUAUCUUCGCCCACAAAUCAUGUCUCGCGCUCCACACUACAAUACAAAGCUUCAAAAACCAUCCCAAACGAGUGCGCGACCUUACUGAAGAGCUAGCGGCACUUAUAGACGUUCUAGAAUCAUUGGACAAUACAUUGAGGUCACACACAGAUGUAGAUCUCCCCGCACUUGAUCUCCCCCUGCAACGAUGUGGCAGCGCUUGCAACGAGUUCCUAGAAGAGCUCCAAAGAUGUAGCUCACGAUCUGGGGGCGAUCGGAGAAGUUUCCGGGACUGGGCUAAGCUGAGAUACAUGGGAGAUAACAUCGAUGAUUUUAAGGACUCAUUGGCAGCGUACAAGUCAACGCUCAACAUCGCGCUCACGGAUUUGCAGCUUCGCACAUCCUCGGUUACUCUGGAGCGCCUUGAAGAGUACAAAGACCUUAUCAAGACUGCCACCAACGACCUUGAGGCAAGACUCGAAACCAUCGACGAAAAGCUCCAAUCUCUGGUGGACCGCACGACUCCGUGUUCCACAUCGGCGGAACUCCAAAGCAUAAAGGACGAGCGUUCAAGCACACAGAAAUGUCUCAUCAUCUGCGCCCAGUUCUCCAAACUUAUCGAGGAGCUCCAACUUUCAUCAGCGGAGGAUGUUCCCAAAGGCCCAGAUAAUGUUCCUGAGAAAAUCACGAGCGAUGGCAUAGAGGAAUGUAGAAUCAGUAUGGCACAAACAGCCGCGAGGCUAGAGAGUCACAUGCAGGAAACCCUAGAUCGAAUGCUGUCCAAUUCAAGCACAGCGAUGACACCAGAGGAUUUGACGUACCUUGCAAGGUUGCGCGAGGAAUGGGCCACUGCCCGUAAGUGCAGAGACAUCUGUGCGCUAGCAAACCAGAACUUGAAAGAGAAUAUUAGUGUCAUCGACAAUCACGCUACAGGCGACAAAGCUGUGCAAUUCCUGGUGUCAAAUAGUCAGAAGACGAUCCACGGCAAGAAUCGUGGAUACGGCAACCAUAUCAAGCAACUCGGCGGCCACCUCAGUGAUCAAUCAAUCCAGAAAGUAUCAGGCGACUUCCUGCAGAUGAUUGUCCAGAGUCCUGGGGAUAGACAUUCGUCAACUCGUGUGGACGCACCACCCAACGACAACGGUCCGAAUGAUGGAGCGACAACAUGGCGACCGCAGUAUGGUAAUGGGAAAAUACUCAGAUCUUGUCUUCUGCCAGAUCCCUUGGCGAAUGAUUUUAUUUUACAUCGAGCUGGUUCUGAUCAAUCGAGAGACCGAUGAAAAUCUGUUUUGGGAAGACAUAGUUGUGGUGCCAAGAUGGAUCGGGUGAGGAUGACGGCUGCUUCGUGUGUUUGUAUAGCUCUCGGUCACCAGGCCUGCGAAUGCUCAUGUCAAUCAUAAGACCAACUUACAUGCAAUCGAAACUAGACGGAAUAUUUUCUGGCUAAGGGAGGGAAUUGCACUGUAAAUUGACAAGCGCCGCCAAUGAGACAAGCAGUGCGACUGGGCUUGCCGCCGUCUUCUCUCCGCGAGUGUGUGGGUAUGCGUUCCAAAGAAGCCAUCAAAGCACUUUGAAAAUGAUGUGAGCAAAUCACUGGUUCGCGUUAGUGGGACAACACACGCCCGGAUCAGGCUCCCACUGGU